UAAAAAUGUGAAGUGUUUUUUUGUGUUUAGGAGAGGGGGAAAAACAUGCUCUUAUCUUCUUAAAAGCACUCAGAUAUAACAUCUCAGAAACACAAGUUUUUCAAGCAGCACCUGAAGGCACCACAGCCCAGGAGAAUAUUGUGUGUUCAUUCAAUCUGAACAGUCUGAUCUGUGAGCCAUGGAGGGCGGAGGUCUGUCUGACGAGGCCAUGUCCGCUGCCUGCAAAGAGGGAGACCCCAUCACCAAGGACUACAUGAUGCAGCAGACGAUGCUGAGGGUCAAAGAUCCAGUUCGAUCACUGGACUUCUACACCCGAGUCCUGGGCCUGACGUUGCUCCAGAAAAUCGACUUCCCUUCGAUGCGUUUCACCCUCUACUUCCUGGGUUACGAGGAGAAGUCAGACAUCCCGGCUGACAUCAAGGAGAGGACGGCGUGGACGUUCUCUCGCCGAGCCACCAUAGAGCUCACACAUAACUGGGGUUCAGAGUCAGAUGAAAGUCUGUCUUAUCACAAUGGGAACAACGAGCCGCGAGGAUUUGGUCAUAUCGGCAUUGCUGUCCCUGACGUUUACGCUGCCUGCAAAGUAUUCGAAGCGCAAGGAGUGACGUUUGUCAAGAAACCAGACUCAGGUAAAAUGAAGGAUCUGGCCUUCAUUCAGGAUCCUGAUGGCUACUGGAUCGAGAUUUUAAGUCCUAACAACAUGGUCUCAUUAAUGUCGCCUUAGAGCAGAGACACACUGUGCAUCACGGUUGGAUAACUGCUAAAUUAACUUUUUUUUUUUUUUACAUGACAAACCCUUGUUUACCUACAUAAGCUCUCCUUGUUAGACAUGUUGUUGUCUUGUUAUGUUGUUAUGUUAUGUUUAAAAAAAAAAAAAAAAAAAAAGGAAAAAAGUUGUUGUUGUUGUUUUGAAUCUGUUGACAGUCUGUUGUUGUAUUUUUUUGUUAAGACUGAAAUUGUAAUAUUACGCUUUCAAGCUGUGGAUGCUUUACAAGUUCUGAGCACCAACAUGAAUAGGAGCGUGACAUCGACCACUCAACAUCAAGACCACGAUGAAAAUGAGACAUUCAGUCAUAAAACAAAGUAUUGGACAAAUUAUAAUUUGAUGAAAAGUAAGUUUCAACCUCUGGAUCACAUGAAUGUCUGUACGAAUAUUUCAAAAAGUUGAAUAAGUUAGUGUGACAAAAAUAGGAGACCGUGAUAGUUUCUGUGCGCAUCAAAAACUUGAGCAAAAAGGUUUGUAGGGUCACUUUAGAUAUUAAAUAGAAAAAUAACUUAAAGAGGACAUAUCAUCCAUAUUUCCAGGUCUAUAUUUAUAUUCUGGGGCUCUAUAGAGAGGCGAAGUCUCUCCCCUUCUGCCAGGCCAGCCAUUAGGAAUUAUGGACAGAGGGACAAAAAUUUUCAUAUAUUAAAGCCAUUAUCGAACCCCUGACCACAGCACUCUGCAUUAUCAAUGUUGUGGCCUUUGAAUUUGAGAAACUGCUCUCAAAUUUCCCACUCUUCAUCUUGUUUGUGAACAUAUCUUAGCAUAAUCACAUCCUGCUCCUUACGAGAUACGUCAGGCGUAGCAUCACAUAUUAUAGAAGAAUGGCUUCUAAAACCUGGGCGCCACAUAUAUUGAUAAAUUCAUUCUGACUGUCAGCAGAGAGAUAAUGAACCUGCAUUUUUUUUGCCCCUGUUGUUGGUGCUUUCUCACUUUCUGAAGAUGCUCAUGUGAUAUAUUUACCCAGUAGCUCCGGUGUGCCAAGGAAAUAACUGAGUGACCUCUAAAAGCCUUGUCUCUGCAGACCAAAUGAAGUGUUACACCCAGCUGUC